AGCCUGGCGGGGAGGAGGAGGAGGAGGAGCAGCAGGCCUCCGGGCCCCGACCGCCGCCCGCAGGACAUUUCUGAUUCAUUUGCAUCUUUGAAGAGCAUCUGUAGAAGAGGAAGGAAAAGAUGGGUGUGAAAACAUUUACUCAUAGCUCCUCUUCCCACAGCCAGGAAAUGCUUGGAAAGUUAAACAUGCUGCGAAAUGAUGGACAUUUUUGUGAUAUCACUAUUCGUGUCCAGGACAAAAUCUUCCGUGCACAUAAGGUAGUACUAGCAGCUUGCAGUGAUUUCUUUCGCACCAAACUUGUAGGCCAAGCAGAGGAUGAGAACAAGAAUGUGUUGGAUCUGCAUCAUGUCACAGUGACUGGCUUUAUACCCCUCCUAGAAUACGCUUACACAGCCACUCUGUCAAUUAAUACAGAAAAUAUUAUUGAUGUUCUAGCUGCAGCUAGCUAUAUGCAAAUGUUUAGUGUUGCUAGCACCUGCUCAGAGUUCAUGAAAUCAAGCAUUUUAUGGAAUACACCCAACAGCCAACCAGAAAAGGGUCUAGAUGCUGGACAAGAAAAUAAUUCUAACUGCAAUUUUACUUCUCGAGAUGGAAGCAUUUCUCCAGUGUCUUCAGAGUGCAGUGUGGUAGAGCGAGCCAUUCCCGUCUGCCGAGAAUCCCGGAGAAAGCGCAAAAGCUACAUUGUUAUGUCUCCUGAAAGUCCGGUAAAGUGUAGCACCCAAACAAAUUCACCCCAGGUAUUGAAUUCUUCAGCUUCCUACUCAGAAAAUAGAAAUCAGCCCGUUGACUCUUCUUUAGCUUUUCCCUGGACUUUUCCUUUUGGAAUUGAUCGAAGGAUUCAGCCUGAGAAGGUUAAGCAGGCAGAAAGUACACGGACUUUAGAAUUACCUGGCCCAUCUGAGACAGGUAGAAGAAUUGCUGAUUAUGUGACUUGUGAAAGCACAAAAACUACCUUGCCUCUGGGUACGGAAGAAGAUGUCCGGGUCAAAGUAGAAAGGUUAAGUGAUGAGGAGGUCCAUGAGGAGGUGUCCCAGCCUGUCAGUGCGUCUCAGAGUUCGCUGAGUGAUCAGCAGACAGUGCCAGGAAGUGAGCAAGUCCAAGAGGACCUCCUGAUUAGUCCGCAGUCUUCCUCCAUAGGCUCAGUAGAUGAGGGCGUCACCGAGGGAUUACCUACACUUCAGAGCACUUCCAGCACUAAUCCCCAUGCAGACGAUGACGACCGAUUGGAAAGCGUUCAGUAUCCCUACCAACUCUACAUUGCUCCUUCUACCAGCAGUACGGAACGGCCCAGUCCCAACGGUCCAGACAGACCUUUUCAGUGUCCAACCUGUGGGGUGCGAUUCACCCGCAUUCAGAACCUAAAACAGCACAUGCUCAUCCACUCAGGAAUUAAACCAUUUCAGUGUGACCGCUGUGGGAAAAAGUUCACCAGGGCCUACUCACUAAAGAUGCAUCGCCUAAAGCAUGAAGGUAAACGCUGUUUCCGGUGCCAGAUAUGUAGUGCCACUUUCACUUCCUUCGGGGAAUAUAAACACCACAUGAGGGUUUCCCGGCACAUUAUCCGCAAGCCUCGGAUUUACGAGUGCAAAACAUGUGGCGCCAUGUUCACCAACUCUGGAAAUUUAAUCGUGCACCUGAGGAGUCUGAACCAUGAAGCAUCAGAGCUAGCAAACUACUUCCAGAGCAGUGAUUUCCUAGUACCGGACUACUUAAACCAGGAGCAAGAAGAGACCCUUGUUCAGUAUGAUCUUGGAGAACACGGUUUUGAAAGCAACUCCUCUGUUCAAAUGCCUGUAAUUUCACAGGUCUCCUCGACCCAGAAUUGUGAAAGCACUUUUCCCUUGGGGUCUCUUGGUGGGCUGACAGAGAAGGAGGAGGAAGUGCCAGAGCAGCCAAAGACCAGUGCUUGUGCUGAGGCAACCAGAGAUGACCCCCCAAAAUCAGAGCUGUCUUCUGUAACUAUCGAGUAAUUUUGUGGUUUGGCUUCAUUUUUCGUUUUUGGAAAGUGCCUGUGCUUGGUCUUGUACGUUUAAUUUAAAUUUUUAAACAAAAUAAGGGUUUAGGAAAAAAUUUCCCUUUUGCUUUCUAAGCCCUGAAACUGAAGUUUUAUUUUUCAUAACUGAGAGAUUACUUCUUGUAAGUACACAAUAACAUAAUGGUGAAAUAUAAUAGAAACUAUGAAACUUAAAGAGAACCAGUUGACUUAAAACAUAUACCAGGUUUUUUUUCCAUUGUUAAAAGUGGGCUAACAAUGGAUCAUUAAGUAGAGAAGAAACCAGAUGAUUAUUGCCCUUCCUGAGAUGAAUGGGUACACAAGAAACAGAUUAAACAGAAUUUGGCAAAUGGCCUGAGUAGAUAUUUACUCCUCUACACAGGAUGUUACGCAGUAUUUUGCUGAGCCUGUUGUUUUUGGAAGUAUUUAUGGUAAGCUUUCUUAAAAAUUACUAGAACAGAUACUUCUGAAAUAUAGCUAUUCUUUCUUUAAAAGUUUUAUCAUAUCUGUUAACAUUUUUCAUGGUGAAAGUUUGGUAUGGCAUUCUCCAUACCUUCCCAGUCCCACUCCAAAGGCCAAGAAGCGUGAUUGAGAAAGGUCAGGCUGGAUGAAACGACCAGGAGCGGAGGAUGGAGGAUGUAAACCCCGCCUCACAGAAACUCUUACACUGCUUUUCUGGCUAAAAUCAGUGUUCACCUGGUCUUUGAGUGUUCAUGCCUGACUAUGUCAUUGUCCAAAUCAGUUCCCCUGCCCCAUCACAAAUAUGUUUUCUUGCAAAUGCUGGUGUGCUACCAUAUAAAGGAAAAAUACUGGAGAUAGUCUAUAUUUUAUAUAUAGGUUUAUGUAUUGUUGGGGGUGUUUUUAUUGUGCUGUUUUGGAUAAAAUAAAGACUUCUCUGUUGAGGCCACAUUCUUAACCCAAGUAAGAUUGUUUACAAAAUCCCAUGACAGUGAUAUGUUGUACUUAUUCCAAAAUAUUUUUAGACAUUGCUAAGUUUAUUAAAAGCAGCUACUCUAGUUUUUACACAAUGUAAGCAAUAAUGUAAAAGAUUAGAAGAGGCUCUGAAAUGAUCAUCUACAAUUCAUAAAUCUGUUUUGGGAAAUAAAAUUGCUAAGACUAAUGAAAAACAAAAAACUUUAAAUUAUCACCUUUUCUGCUGCUAAAAAUAUAAAACUUUGUGGUUUAUACCUUCAGACUUGGGUAUGCUUUUCAUCUGGUGCCAUUAAAGCAUCUCUGACCUUGAUCUUAAAUAUUCAUGAGUCCAUGGAUAAUGAACUUGUGAGAAACUUUUUUUUAAAUGGAGAUAUGCAAAGUGUGAUAAUUAUGAAAACUCGAUUGGAUUAGAGAAGAGAAACAAUAUGGUUCUUUAGUAAAACAAAGUCUGAAUUUUGUCUGGGUGCUAGAUCUUAAUAUAUUUUUUAAAUUAAAGUGAUUGUUUCCUUUUUAAAAAAUUGGCUAAUUUUGUAAUUUCUUUUUUCCCCCAUAAAUGUAAGGAAAGGUAAAGUAAACUCAUUAGGACAUUUCUAGGUUAAGGUUCUUUCUGCUUCUGUCCAUAUUCUGCUGUCCUUAACUUAUUUCCAGCUCUUUAUUUCAUUUGUGAACCUGUCUUUUACUCAUUUGCUCCCAAACACAGGUUUGUUACCUUCUGGAAAUAGCAAGUACAGGUUAUAAUGGGCUUCCACUGUCUACUGAUGGAGUAGAAUUAUUUUCUGCAACAGACACGUGCUACUUUAUUACAGUACUGGUGUGUCUCAACUGGAAAGGUCAGGAAUUCUUAUGUUUAAUGUUAUGUAUUAGUAUAGACUUCAGAAACUAUUAUGCUGGGCAGCACCUAUGGCUCAGUGACUAGGCUGCCAACCCCAUAU